AUGAGCAUGCGGAAGGUUCCGUCUCGCGCGGCAGAGAUUGAUGCUUGGGAGAAGCUCGAGGCAGAAGCUCGUGGGGCAGUUUCCUCAAUCAAGAAAGUCACUUAUUCGCUUCUUGUAUAUGACGAGUUGGAAGCUUUGGGCGGCGCUGAUCACGGAUGGGGCCCCCUAGGGCUGUUGUUGAGGGCUCACGCAAUCUUCCUCUUGCGAGGGGCCAUUGACGACGGCAUCCUUGACGAAGAAUUCAUUCGCAUUCUCAUCCAUCACUGUAAAAAGGUUGGGUGCUAUCAAGAAUCUGGAGAAAUCAUGGAGGCCUUCCUAGGACGUCGCUUCACCAAGGCUCGGAGAGACGGUGAUGGAUACGACAACACUGGUCAAAGUGACGGUUUGAGGAUGAUGUCCGACCUCGCGACCAACGCCAACAUCAUGCCGUACUUGCUUCAAUCUACAUCAUUGUUACUGUUUCAUGGCUACCUCGACGGGAAUGCACUAUCGACACAGGCACUGGGCUCGCUAUGGACAGCGUCUGCAUCGUCUAUGCUAGACGAACAGACGAAUCCUUCGGCCAUUCAUUUUGCAUCGGUGGGACUUGGAUCGCUGUCCCUCUGUGCAUUUGGUAGACGGAGGGGACGGAAGGCGAGUGGCUGUAGCACACGCGAGGAUGCUGCGAAGCUGACUUUAACGGGCGUGCUCGGAGCUCUAUCAGCCAUGGCCAUGAUAUCACGAAGAGUUGGGACUGCGACGCGCGUGGACGGAACCACUCGUCGGGUUUCCCACGUAAUCCAAGAAGCCCUGGCUUUUGUGACGAGCAAAGGAGGUGGAGGCGAUGCAUUGUAUCCUUUGCUGCUGACCAGCUACCUCGCCUCGGGUUCCACCACGACAGCCAACAACACGGCAAAAUCAGCAUUGAAGAACAUAUGGGCAGCCGAGUGUCAAUCGCAUCGAUCCAACGACCAAACCGACAAGCAACACGGCCAACUUCACGAUAUGACCAUUGCCCUUACGUGCUCGGCAGCUCACUGCUGCGGCAAAGCAACUGCUGGGCCAUCCAGCAGUCAGUACUUUGCGGCGAUUUGCAACCUCGUCGACGAGCUGCAUAUCCCUCAACUUGCCACGCUGAGCAGCGACGGCGCUUUCCCACUGGCACAGAAGACUGAUGACCUGCGUGAUCUUGUUUUUGCAGAAGCCCUGAUGGGUGCAUCAUCGGAACACACAAUGCCGGAAUCUCUAGGCGCAAGGGCUGCUUCUUUCGCUGGCUUCAGAUGGGAGGAGGGCAUUAGCGAGUGGAUCGCUCUGAGUCCAGCUGCGAAGCCACGGACUGCUGUUGGGCUUGCCGCUGUUCUGCCCCGUCGGAGCAGUCGGGAUCGCAGUGCGAGUGAGAAUAUCCCGGCGGCCAGGGUAGAGACGCAUGUGCCAAUGGCUGCGACGGGGCUGGAUGACAGACGUAGGCUUUCCAUCGCUACGGACGACGUUAUGACCAAGCCGGGCAAAUUUGACGAGCGCCGUGGGGGACGGCGCCGAGCCGAGAAGAGAAAGGCCCCGGACGAGCCAUAUGAGGAUGACAAAGAGGAAAGACCGCGAAUGCUGGGCCAGGAGAACUGCGAGGGCAAGGCCCAGUUAGGCAAGCUGGCUGUCAAGGCCCGGGGAGGUAGCCGGCGUCCGGUCCGGCGCGGCGAGACAGGCAGUCGCAGGGUUCUGACAGAGUUGACUAUCACGAGCAACAUGACUGGCCACGGUGAUGAUGAUGAACUAGGAUUGUAA